UCACAUCCGGGUGAUGUUCACCGCAGAAGAAGAAGAAGAGCAUCCCGGUGGUUCUGCUAACGAACCGCUGCUAUAGAUGUACCUCCACCACCCAUCCGAUGAGAUCAAUACAUCACCGAUACUGCUGAUAUAUUCACACAUCAUCCAUAACGUGCAAUCUGGAGGCGCUACGUCACUUUCACGGAGAGACCAAACGUAACCGCUAGCGAGUGUUGCUAAAGGAGCUAACGUUCAUGUCGCGCGGACUUCCUCCGAGCUCGCGGAUAUUUCUACGACGAGCUGGCGGCUCUUCAUCCCAUCCUGCCUAACAUCCUGCUCAGGGGCUUCACGCACUCGGUCAUCGUAGCUCUGUCAGUCUGCACCGCUGCCGCGUCCGACCGGCCUGACGCCUUUCACCUGAGGGCGAGAGCAGCCGAAGCCGAUGGUAAGCACCGCGCAGGCAUCUCCUUAGAGCCGCCACCGCCGCACAUCCUGGAGAGUCGCUGCGCCGCCUUCCAGUAUCGAGCCCAGAAGCGUUCAGAGGGAGGCGACGGUCGCCGACGCGGAGCCACAAAGCUAGCGAUGCCCGGAUCCACGCCGGCCAGCAGCAAGGCUCGGGUGUACACCGAUGUCAACACACAGAAGAACAGAGAGUACUGGGACUACGACGCACAUGUGCCCAACUGGAGCAAUCAAGACAACUACCAGUUGGUGCGUAAACUGGGUCGAGGGAAGUACAGUGAAGUGUUUGAGGCCAUAAAUGUCACCAACAAUGAGAAAGUGGUGGUGAAAAUCCUCAAGCCCGUCAAGAAGAAGAAGAUCAAACGGGAAAUCAAAAUUCUUGAAAACCUGCGCGGAGGAACCAACAUCAUCCGCCUGGUGGACACGGUCAAAGACCCGGUGUCCAGAACUCCAGCGCUUGUCUUUGAGUGCAUCAAUAACACAGAUUUUAAGGAGCUUUACCAGAAGCUGACAGACUACGAUAUCCGCUACUAUAUGUAUGAGCUGCUCAAGGCUCUGGACUACUGCCACAGUAUGGGCAUCAUGCACCGGGAUGUGAAGCCGCACAACGUGAUGAUCGACCACCAGAUGAGAAAGCUGCGUCUUAUAGAUUGGGGUUUGGCAGAAUUUUACCAUCCCGCUCAGGAAUACAACGUCAGGGUGGCCUCCCGCUAUUUCAAAGGCCCUGAGCUGCUAGUGGACUAUCAGAUGUAUGACUAUAGUUUGGACAUGUGGAGUCUAGGCUGCAUGUUGGCCAGCAUGAUCUUUCUGAAGGAACCGUUUUUUCACGGCCAGGACAACUACGACCAGCUGGUCCGCAUCGCUAAAGUUCUCGGCACCGACGAGCUCUUCGGUUACCUGCACAAAUACCACAUAGAACUGGACACUCGCUUCAAAGACCUGCUGGGACAGCAAACGAGGAAGCGCUGGGAGCAGUUCAUCCAGUCAGAGAACCAGCACCUGGUGAGUCCGGAGGCUCUGGACCUGCUGGACAAGCUGCUCCGCUACGACCACCAGCAGAGGCUGACGGCGGCCGAGGCCAUGCAGCACCCUUACUUCUAUCCUGUGGUGAAGGAACAGGCGAACGCCAACACAGACGGCACAAAGGCCAUAAGCGGCUCCAAUGCGACAUGAUAACCAGAGAGCAGGAAGAAUCUUUGUUACCUCAACUUGUGACCUUUUCGUGGCAGAAACUUCUGCCUCCACAUCUACAGCCAUACUGGAUGCAAGAUGUCAAUCUUGCAGAAUACACAAACACGCACGGAUUAAACUUUUCCCAACAAAGCCCGGGGGGGGGGGG